AUGAAGUUCUCCAGCACCGUCGCCGCCUUAUCGGCUGUCGCGGGCGUCACCCUUGCCAUUCCCCAGGGAACUUGGUACGGACGCCCGUUCCCACCUUACGACUACUCAGACAAGCCUCAGAGCAUCGACGCUGCCUCCCAUGGCGGAGACAGCCACGGCGCAUCCGCCAGUGGCACUAGCACUCGCGCCAUCGUCGCGGACAGGGCUACGACCACGACUACAACCACUGCCUCGGCCACAGCGAACUGGAAUGACUGGAGUGUAGAUGGCGCGCACACAUAUCAAACUCAGAGCAUCGACGCGGCCUCCCACGGUGGCCGCAACGAGAGCCACAGCGCAUCUCACUCCACCAGCGCAGCCGCUGCGGUGGUGGCUGCGAACACCAGGACUACGGCCACGACUCUGGCGAGCAGCAUCUACCGGGCUGCAGAAGGCACACAUACAUACAGGUCUCAAAGCAUCGAUCCAGCAUCCAGCCGUGGCAACAGCGACAGCCACGCCCACCGCGCAUCCACGACCACGACCACAGCAAUCUGGAACACCUGGGCCGUCGAAGACGCACACACAUACAAGGCUGAGACCACUCACGCACACGUCAAUGACCCUAGCAGUGCCACUCCGGUGAGGGCUGCGACGACCACGAUCACCACUACGACGAACAACAACAACCGGCAUGUGGACGGCACACAUACGGCCUCCACGACCACCGCCAACAGCAACGACUGGGACAUCUGGGGUUUAGUUGAUAGCAUCAACUCGGACAUCGCUGCAGUCUCCCACAGCGGCAACGACCCCCACGGUGCAUCCACCACAAGCACUCGCUCUUUCGCAGCGGCGGCUACGACCACGACCACAACCGCAGCGAACUGGAGCGACUGGGUUGUGGACAGCGUCGACGCACACAAGGCCCAGGGCACCGACCCAGCUUCCCACGGCGGCGACAGCCACGGCGAAUCCACCACUGGCACUCGCUCUUUCGCCGGGGUGGAGGCUGCGAAGACCACGAGAACGACCACAGCGCACCACAAUAGUCGGGCUGUGGAUGGGGCACACACGACAUCUACCACCACGACCGUAGCUGAGUGGAGCAACUGGGUUGUCGACGGCGCAGACCCGUACAAGUCUCAGAGUGUCGAUACAACCUCCCACAGCGGGAAGGACAGCCACGGCACAACUGCCACCAGCACUCGCUCUUCCGCCACAGCAGAGGCCGCGAAAACCACGACCGCGGAUUCUGCCAACUGGAACAAUUGGGUUGUCGACGGCGAACACACGUCCACCACCACUACAGUGACCCACAAGUCUGUGGAGGCAUACGAAACGUCUACGACCACAACCAGGACCACGGACCCUGCGGAUUGGAAUAACUGGGUUGUUGACGGCGAGCACGCAAGCACCACCUCGGGGAACCAUAAGAGUGUGGACAGCGCACAUACGACCUCCUCGACCAAGGCCACAACCACGACCACGACCACUGACCCCGCGAAGUGGAACGACUGGGUUCUAGACGACGCACACACCACGAGCACAGCGAGCCACAAGUCUGUGGAUGCGCACGAGACCUCGACAACUACAACCGCGGCCGCUGAUCCCGCCAACUGGAACAACUGGAUUUUGGACGGCGAACACACGACCACGACCACGACGAACGACAAGAGCAUUGACGCGCACACGACUUCUACGACGACGACGGCCAAAACCGCCAUCACGGAUCCUGCCCACUGGAACAACUGGAUCGUGGACGACGCACACACGAGCACCACGUCAGCCAACGACAAGAGUGUGGACGCACACGAGACCUCCAGGACCACAACCUCGACGACCACGAUCGCCGACCCGGCGAACUGGAAUGACUGGGUCGUGGAUGACGCACGCGCGACCUCUACAAGCAUUACCACGAGCACAGUGAACCACAAGGACCGGAGUGUCCACGACAGACACACGACCUCGACGACUUCGGACCCUGCAAACUGGAAUAACUGGGUUGCGGACGAAGCACACACAUACAGCCACACGACCACGACCACGACCACGACCACCGCCGCCGUCGCUGCCACCACAACAACUUCCACCUCCACCAGCUCCCACAGCAGCACGACAUGCCUCAGCCACCCCGCGGCCUCCAGCAUGGUCGACAGCUUCGCCUCCCUCCUGAACGCCUACGACGACGCGACGGCCGAGAAACUCCUCUCCCCCUCCUUCACCGACACGUCGGACUCGAUCAACUUCUUGGCCGGCAAGCCGUUGGGCGGCGCGGCAUUCGCGAGCAAACGCGCCUUCCAGCAGGGCCAGGGCAAGAGCCAGAGCCAGGGCGCGCAACCGCCCGUCACGUUCGACGUGCUGUCCAUCGACGCCGUGACCUGUGACGUCAUCGUGUUCCGGUGGGAGGCUGUUCUCGCCAAUACUGGUGCCGGUGCGGGUGCCCGUGCCGGUGUUCCCGUAAAAGGCAUCAACAUCCUCCACACGGUCAACCCGACCGGCGCGGCCGACGGGUGGCAGAUCGAGCAAGUCUUUUCAGAGUUCAACUCGGCCGUCUGGACCGUCGGGGCUGGCGGGUCCUGUGCGCCGCCUCCGGCGCAGCAGCAUGGUCAAGCUCAAGCGAAAGGACAGGCGUAA